AUCCGUCCUUUCACAGUUCGGCUCUAAACGAACCAAUCGAAAUGCGCUUCACCACGCUCGCUGUUGCCUUCUUCGCCUGCGCCCUUGUGGUGUCUGGCAGCGUGCUCCGUGAAAAGAGACAGUGUGGAUGUGCUCAGCCACAGCAGAGCCAGUGCUCGUGCCAACAAGUUCAACAGACUCAGUCAUGCUCGUGCCAAUCUGCUCCAGUUCAACAACAAUCCCCAUCUUGCUCAUGCGCUCAGCCACAACAAACUCAACAAGUUCAGGUCCAAUCUACUCAAUGCGCCCCAGCUUGCCAACAGAGCUGCCAACAACAAUGUCAGGCUUCUCCAUCAGUGUCCCAGUGCCAGCCACAAUGUCAGCAACAGUGCCAGGCUCAAUGCACUCCAAUGUACAACCCACCAACCACUACCACCACCACCCAAGCUCCAGUUGUCCAAUACCAACAGUGCCAACCAGUAUGCCAACAGCAAUGUCAAUCUACCUGUGUUCAACAACAACAACCAGCAGCUCAAUGUCAGCCACAAUGCCAACAACAAUGCAAUGUUGCCUGUGAUUCCCCAUCCACCACCACCCAGGCCCCACAAGUGAUCCAAAUCCAACUCGAGAUCCAACAAGCUCAAGCUCAAUGCCAACCACAGUGCCAGCAACAAUGCCAAUCUUCAUGUGUCCAGCAACAACAGCCAUCCACCCAAUGUGAGCCAGCUUGCAACACUCAAUGCUCUGAUAUCUGCCAACAAACUGCUCAGGCUACCCAACAGGUCUACAACAACAACCAGAACAUGAACCAGAACAUGAACCAGAAUACCAACACCCAAAUGUACAACCCAUACAACACCAACACCAACCAAGGAUCUGCUAACUGCGCUCCAGCCUGCCAGCCAGCUUGUGACAACUCUUGCACAUCCCAACAGGCCCAGCCAGUGUACCAACAAGCCCAGCCAACUUACCAAGUCCAGCAAACCACUGCCGCUCCAAUGUACGAUCCAUACAACAACCAAGGAUCUGCCAACUGCGCUCCAGCUUGCCAACCAGCUUGUGACAACUCCUGCACUUCCCAGCAGACUCAACCAAUGUACCAACCAUACGACACAACCACUGAGGCUCCAGCUCAAGUCAUCCAGAUUGUUCUCCAGACUUCUGUUGCUCAAUCAUCCCAAUGUGCUCCACAAUGCGAACAGUCCUGCCAACAGCAAUGUGUUCAGCAACAACAGCCAGCUGCUCAGUGCCAAACUGCCUGCCAAUCAUCAUGCUCUAACUCCUGCCAAGCUGCUCAACCAGCAACUACUGCCUGCCAACAGAGCCCACAACAGAGCUCCUGCUCCUGCCAAACUAACUACUCUCCAUGCGGAAAUGGACAAUGCUGCCGCAGAAAGUAAGAAGGACCGAAUCGAUCGAUCGAAGAUUUAUGGGUAUCAAUAGUCCAUUGUUGCUCAAAAUCUUUUUUGUAUAUUUCGACUACCAAUUUUUUUUUGUUUUUGCCUCCUUGUUUUUGAAUAUACGAUGAUAAAUAAUUCAUUCUG